AUGGCUCUAAAUGACUGUUUCGCUCUGAACUUGGAAGUGGACUAUUGCAUACACUACAACGUCUCCAACCACAGUACGGAUCUCCCCAUGAAUGAAGACCGGUUCUACCCUGGGAUCCUCUAUGUCAUCCCUGCAAUUUAUGGGGUGAUCAUUCUGAUAGGCCUCAUUGGCAACAUUACUCUGAUCAAGAUCUUCUGCACAGUCAAGUCCAUGCGAAACGUGCCGAACCUGUUCAUCUCCAGUCUGGCUUUGGGAGACCUGCUCCUCCUCGUAACGUGUGCUCCCGUGGAUGCCAGCAGGUACCUGGCUGACCGAUGGUUGUUUGGCAGGAUUGGCUGCAAGCUGAUCCCCUUCAUACAGCUUACCUCGGUGGGGGUGUCUGUCUUCACACUCACAGCGCUCUCGGCCGACAGGUACAAAGCCAUUGUCCGGCCGAUGGAUAUCCAGGCAUCUCACGCCUUGAUGAAGAUCUGCCUCAAAGCCGCCUUGAUAUGGGUGGUGUCUAUGCUGCUGGCCAUCCCAGAGGCUGUGUUUUCCGACCUCCAUCCCUUCCAUGAGGAAAGCACCAACCAGACCUUCAUUAGCUGUGCCCCAUAUCCACACUCGAAUGAGCUGCACCCCAAAAUCCACUCCAUGGCCUCUUUCUUGGUAUUCUACAUCAUCCCACUGUCAAUCAUCUCUGUCUAUUACUACUUCAUUGCCAAAAAUUUGAUCCAGAGUGCGUACAAUCUUCCUGUGGAAGGGAAUAUCCAUGUCAGGAAGCAGAUCGAAUCCCGGAAACGACUUGCCAAGACGGUCCUGGUGUUUGUGGGCCUCUUUGCCUUCUGCUGGCUUCCCAACCAUGUCAUCUACCUGUACCGCUCCUACCACUACUCUAAGGUGGAUACCUCCAUGCUCCACUUUGUCACCAGCAUCUGUGCCCGCCUCUUGGCCUUCACCAACUCCUGUGUGAACCCCUUUGCCCUCUACCUGCUGAGCAAGAGUUUCAGGAAACAGUUCAACACCCAGCUCCUCUGUUGCCGGCCUGGCCUGAUGACCCGAUCCCACAGCACGGGCAGAAGUACCACUUGCAUGACCUCCUUCAAGAGCACCAACCCCUCCGUGGCCACCUUCAGCCUUAUCAAUGGGAACAUCUGCCAUGAGGGGUAUGUUUAG